AUGAAUAUGCAGGCGCCGGGCUAUGGCGCCCUGGGGGAUAAGAUUUUGUGGCCCCCGGGCUUUGUUGCAGUGCAGCGUAUGCCUGGAAACGCUGCCCACGGCGAGACGUGGUUGAUAAAGAAUGACGCAAACGCGCAGAAGGAAGAGCUGACGAAGGAGAAGGCUAAGCUUGAGGAAGCUAUAGCGCGGCUCGAUGUGGGGAUUGAACAGGCGGCGCAGCACAUGGAGGAGGAGCAAGACGAGGCCUAUGAACAAGACGAGCACUAUGACGACGAAAUGGAUUACGCAGAAAGAUUCGACCCCCAUGACAGAGAGGACCCCGAAGUGCUGUUGGAGGAAAGGCAACAGCUCAAAACAGAGAUUGAAGAUAUGCUUGACGAGGUCAAGGACAAACUCAAGGAGCUCGAGUCCAGCAGCCUGAACUUCACCUGGGAACGCAACGAGCUUCCUAUAGCUCUCCGACGACUCGACAAGCCGUGGGAGGACUUCAACCACGAGCUGCUGGUUCAAGCACACUUAGAAGCCCGGGCGAUGCAGGCUGCAGAGAAGGAACGGCUUGAAAAGGAAGCUAAGAAGGCUGCUAAGAAGGGCAAGAAGGUUGCAGCGCCCAAAGUAGCGCCGAAGGUUCGUGAGGUGCCGUCCAUCUACUGCGCCAAAGUUAUGGACCCAGGAGCUGCCGUUGCAGCAGAUGGACGCGUAUUUAACCGCAGCGAUGCGGCAUAUGAUGACGCAGGGGCCAAGACAUUGGUGAAGGAAGUUGAAGUUUUCAUGAAGUUUAGUUGGCGAUACAUUGUAGAGCGGGGAAAGUUUAACUUUGAGCAAGUCGGGUUGCUUCCGGUUGUUCACACCGCCACAAUUAGCCGCUCGCGUGCCGGCUCUAGGCCCAUGUCUGGUGCGGCAACCAUCACGCCGUUCAUGCAGAACGGUAGCGUGGGAGCAGUCAUAAAGGCGUUGGCUGGGAAGAGGAGCACGUAUGCGUACAAGCCGGAUCUCUUGUUAGCUAACGCUAAGACUCUUGUUUCCUGCAUGGCUUUCUUGGAGCACCAUGGCAUUUAUCAUGGGAACAUCCACCCCUUCAACAUUUUUGUUUCAGAUGAUGGGUUUCGUCUCUUGAUCGGCGACUUCAUUCCUCCUAGUGAAUUCAAGCGCUGGCUUGUGCAAGUGGCCAAGGGCUUAGCUAGCGUUCCUCCGUAUUGCUCUCCCGAAUACUACACUGCACUGACGGAACGACGAAUCCAGCGAGCUGCUGUAUACGUGAACACCCUCUCGCCGCACAAGCACGACGUGUUCUGUUUGGGCCUUGUUAUGCUGCAGCUAGCCACGUUGCAGAAUGUGGCGGCGUAUCGCGACAAGCCCAGGCGUUUGAAGGGAAUAUUGGAAAAGUUUCAGAAUAACAACGACUCGCCAGAAGCCCCAGAGCUGGCGAAACUCAUAAGUCGGAUGCUGACUAUCAACCCAGCAGAGAGGCCUCCAUUCAAAGAUUUGGUGGAUGUGCAAGAUCGCUGGACUCUCCAGGCGUCCGACUGGGUCCGUGGAUUUGCGGAGGUUUUAGGUUUUGGAAAGACACCUGGUGAAGAGCUUUACCUUGAUAAGUCGCUUACUCCGCCAGGCAUGGGCACCCAAACACCGCCGCCUGACUCGAAGAAGGAUAAGAACGACAAAUCAACAUGCUCCGUUAUGUGA